AUGGGAACCAGAAUCGCCGACGGCGGCGGAGAGCAUCUGAAGACUUUCGAAAAAUUUGAGGCUCUCACAAUUAUCAAUCACGGCAAUCAGAAACCUUUCGUAUCCUCUUCUCCUCCUCCGUCACCGUCAAUUUCCUCGUCCUUGAUCUCCUCGUCAUCGACACCUGAGUCGGUGAUUGAUUCGUUAAAGGCAAGUUAUGUUGAAGCUUCUCGUUCUCACGGCGAGGAGGAAGAGGAGGAUUUUGACUGGGUGGCUGUAGAAAGAGAGGCUGAUGUAAUUACAGAGAAAGCUCCCGAAAUUGACGAAGUCGAAGACGCUUUCUCUGCACUUCGAUUGAUGUUUGUUGAUGAUGAUGAUGAUGAUGAUGAUGAUAAAUCAGAAGACCAAGUUUCAGAGUCGGAGUUUGAAGAUUGGAUUGAGCCUCCAUUGCACCUCUGCAACACCAAUCUUCUACAGCCUUAUAUGCUUGACAGAUUCUACGACGCCUUUCAUCAGUUUCAAACCGACCCAUCUGUUCAGAGAAUGGUUAUGUCAUUGUCUUCAGACAAGGCUGUUUGGGAUGCAGUGAUGAACAACGAGGUUGUCCGGGAGCUCAUAACCAACGUUGAGAGGUCAGAAGAAGAGUCUUGUCCAGCCGCGGAUUUCUUAAGGAUGUUGUUUGAGAGAAGUGCCAUCAAGAUCAUGGACGCGAUGGAGAGAGUCACAAAGUACGUCACUGACCUCUUCAAUGUUGUUCCUGAAGAUGAGACGGUUGUGUUGGCCACAGGUGCUGCACCGGUGAUGGAGAAGCUACAGAUGACGGUUCUGCUCACCGUCCUUGUCCUGGUUAUCGUGUUAGUAUCUCGAGUCACGAGAGCUAAAUAG